UGCUCGAUUGGGAGUUAAGCCAGCUCAGCAUAAACGGUUCUUCACUGAAAUGCUCGGCGAUAUUGAUGAACCAAUUUUGCCAUUUGGUUUGAGCCACAGUGUUUCAAAUGGUUCCAACAUUUGUGAGGAACAGCUGAAAUUGCCGCAAGAUUUGAUUGAUCAAUUAAGAGGACAUGCACGGCAUUUACGGGUCAGUCUGUCCAGUCUGUGUCAUCUUGCCUGGGCACAAGUACUUUCUCGAGCGAGCGGUCGUGAAGCAGUAGUUUUUGGCACUGUAUUACUCGGUCGUUUACAAGCUGGAGAGGGAAACGACAAGGCAAUGGGACCGAUGAUUAACACACUCCCACUGCGAUUAGAUAUUGAUGAGAAGAGCAUCGAAAUCGCAGUACGCCACACUCAUGGUCGCUUAAGUGCAUUGUUGGCACACGAACACGCACCGCUUGUUUUAGCACAACGUUGCAGUGGAAUUCCAACUGGCCUGUCUCUGUUCAGUGCACUGUUGAACUAUCGCCAUAAUCAGCAGACUAGCCAAUUCGAAAAUUCAUUUCCUGGAGUCACCUACUUGGGCAGUGAAGGGCGAACUAAUUAUCCGUUGACCAUGUCAUUGGAUGAUAAUGAUCAUGCUUUGAGCUUGUCGGUCCAAGUAGUGUCCCCAAUAUCAGCGGCUCGAAUCUGUGCCUAUAUGAAACAAGCUUUGGAAUCAAUAUCCGAUACGCUUAUACAAACACCCCAACAACCAAUUCGAACAUUGACAGUGAUGCCACCAGAAGAACGUAUGUUGCUGCUGCAUCAAUGGAAUCAGAACACAGAUAAUUAUUCAAACUCCCACUGCCUUCAUCAAUUAUUCGAGGAUCAGGUGGAACGUGAUAGCCUAUCAAAUGCUGUGGAGUAUGAUGGAGAGAUUUUAAGCUAUAAAGAACUCAACACCCACGCCAAUCGACUGGCUCAUUACCUGAUCGCCAAGGGUGUCAAACCGGAUGAUCGCAUUGCACUUUGUGUUGACCGCGGUACAACAAUGCUCGUAGCCAUAUUGGGCAUCUUAAAAGCAGGCAGCGCCUAUGUGCCUAUCGAUCCAGCCUAUCCAAGUGAACGUUUGAAUCAUAUUCUACAGGAUGCUGACCCAAUAUUCGUGUUGACAGACGCUACUGGCCGGAAAGCACUCGGAGACCAUCAAGUACCUGUGAUGGACUUGGAAACACCGUUGCCUUCCGAUUUGCCAAUCGAUAAUCCAGAAAUAACCAAAUUGGGAGUCACUUCAGCGCAUUUGGCCUAUGUGAUUUACACGUCUGGCUCAACAGGCAUACCGAAGGGAGUAAUGGUUGAACAUCAACAAAUCGUAAGACUAUUUGAGGCUGCACGUCACAAAUUUAGUUUUGGCAAAGAAGACAAGUGGUCUCUCGUCCAUUCUAUUUCUUUCGACUUUUCCGUAUGGGAAAUAUGGGGCGCAUUAUUGAAUGGAAGUCAACUGUCGAUUGUACCAUACAAUAUCACUCGUUCCACGGACGAAUUUUAUGAUUGCAUCUGUACUAGGGGUAUUACUGUGUUGAAUCAAACCCCAUCGUCGUUUAAAAUGCUUAUGCGGUCAAAAAAUAUGAGUUCACGACCAGACCGUCUGCGAUUUGUAAUAUUUGGUGGCGAAGCGUUAGAUCCAUCGAUUAUGAAGGACUGGUUUGAUAUACCUCUGAACACAAAAAGUCAAACAUUAUUGGUGAAUAUGUAUGGCAUCACGGAAAUAACAGUUCAUGCUACCUACCAACCAUUGAAUGCUAUCGAAGACGUUUACUCAAUUGGGAGACCACUCCCAGAUCUUUGUGCGUAUGUGCUGGAUUCAUAUGGUGACCCGGUGCUACUAGGAGCCGAAGGAGAACUGUAUAUCGGUGGUGCUGGCGUGGCCCGUGGCUAUCUAAAUCGUCCUGAACUUACCGCAGAACGUUUCCGUACCAACCCAUUCAGUGACAAUCCAGCGGACCGCAUGUACUGUACUGGUGACCGAGCACGAUAUUUGCCUGAUGGUAAUCUGGUCUAUUUGGGGCGCAUCGAUCAGCAAGUGAAAAUACGUGGUUUCCGAAUUGAAUUAGGCGAAAUUGAGGCUCACCUAGUCAAAUAUCCUCAGGUGCAAGAGGCGGUCGUACAAUCUUACGGCAAUGGAUCAGAUGCUCGUCUGGUAGCUUAUAUAGUGACCGAUGUGAAUACAUCAAUAGCACAGGAUCUACGCACCUAUUUAUCGGCUUUACUGCCUGAUUAUAUGGUACCAUCGGCGUAUGUGUGCCUACCAUCCUUACCGCUCACACGUAAUGGGAAACUAGAUCGACGAGCACUACCGGCUCCGGAUGAUGGGGCGUUUGCUCGCCAACUAUAUGAUGCUCCACAGGGUGAAAUGGAAGAAAAACUGGCUGAUAUCUGGAGUGCAUUGCUUGGCAUUGAGCGUAUCAGCCGACAUGAUAAUUUCUUUGCAUUGGGAGGCCAUUCUUUGUUGGUCGUACAGUUAUUAGCGCAGUUGAGAAUGGUCGGCUUGCAGACCGCCGUACGUGAGGUUUUUGAUGCUUCAAACUUGGCCACUUUGGCUGCAACUCUCACCUCUUAUCAAUCAGUGAAUAUUCCGCUCAAUCUGAUUACCACAAACAGCACCGAGAUUACUCCAGAAAUGUUGUCACUUAUUAAUCUUACUCAGGCUGAGAUCGAUAUAAUUAUUGCACAAGUACCAGGUGGAGUAGGUAAUAUCCAAGAUAUUUAUGGAUUGGCUCCAUUACAGAGCGGGAUGUUGUUCCAUCAUCUGAUGGCCGAAGAGGGCGACCCUUAUUUAACAGUAAGCCGAAUGAGUUUUAUUGAUCGGACAACAAUGGAACGCUAUGCGAACGCUUUACAGCGAGUGAUGGAAAGGCAUGAUAUUCUGCGAACCGUCUUUGUCUGGGCAGGUCUUAAUGAACCGGCACAGACCGUUUUGCGACAGGUUCCUUCAUUACUUACUGAGCUUACGUUCAAUGAUACUGUUGAAUCUGCACUUGAUAAGUUGAUUCACCAAUUUAAUUCUCGUCACUACCGGUUAGACUUGUCACAGGCACCGCUCUUGCGUUUGAUAGCUGCACGAACGACUGAUGGGAACUGGAUAGCAUUACAAUUGAUGCAUCACAUAAUUGGUGACAAUAAAACAAUGGAGCGGCUACAG